AUGGUGAUUUUUUGUUGCAAAAAAGCGGAAGCGCAAGCGGCCGAGCGCCGGGGCGGGGAGCGGGGCGAGAGGGCAGGCGGUGCUCCAGCUCCGCCCGCCCCCUCGCCCUACUCCGUCCCGGCGCCGCUGCUGCAGCGGCCACUGUCGCCGCCGCAGCGCUCCGGAGGGAUGAUGAGCGCGGUGCUGCGGCGCUGCCUGGCCUCGGCGCUCCCCGCCGCGCUGCUGCCGAGCCGCGGGCUGUGCGGGUGGCACCCCCAAGGCGGCGGUGCGGCCGCGGCCGCCCGCAAAAUCACCGAGAAUGCAAAGAAAUCCUUGGCCUCUCUCAAGAGACAAAACCCUCAGCUUGAGCCAACACUUGCCAUUAUUCAGGCACAUAAUGAUCAUUUGAUUCAAGAAGCAAACAAGAACUUUGCCAAAGAGGUUGGUCUACGCAUUAUUCACAUCUGUCUCCCUGAAGGCAGCAGCAAGGAUGAGAUUGUCAGUGAAAUCUUCAGACUUAAUGAGGAUCCUAACGUGCAGGGCCUUGCCCUUGACCUCCCAGAAAGCUUAUAUAGCAGUAAGGUAUUAAAUGCUGUGAAACCAGAGAAGGAUGUGGAUGGAUUAUCCAGUGUAAACCUAGGACACUUAGUACGUGGUGAUGUCUAUGAUUGUCUAGUUCCUCCUACAGUGUGUGCUGUGAUGGAGCUUCUUGAAAAUCUAGGUGGAAAGACGGUGCUGCUGGUGGGAGUCAGUGGGGCAGUGGGUGCUGCCCUGCAGAGCAUGCUGCAGAGGGAGGGAGCAGCGAUCAUCAGCUGCCCAUGGAAAGCCCCACAGCUGCAGAAUGAGCUUCGUCAUGCGGAUGUGGUGGUAUUUGGCAGUAUGAAACCCGAUGAUGUUCCUGUGAGCGGGGUAAAGCCUGGAACCACCAUUAUCAGUUGUUCUCAUGACAUGCUGUCAGAGAAACGCAACUACGGUCAGCAAAACAACUUUGCUGCAGAAAAUGCUGUUGGUUCUCUUGCAAUAGCAAUGAGAAUGCAGAACAUGGUAAAAACCAUGGAGCGAUGGAUCCGGUCCCAUCAGUACAGGAAGUGGAACCUGCACUGCUUGAAACUGCAGCCCCUCUCCCCAGUGCCCAGUGAUAUUGAGAUUUCCCGAGCACAGAGUCCAAAAGCUGUUGAUGUACUUGCCAAGGAGAUAGGAUUGCUUACAGAUGAAAUUGAGAUCUAUGGCCAAACCAAAGCCAAAGUACGUUUGUCCCUGCUGGAAAGGUUAAAGGAUCAGCCAGAUGGAAAAUAUGUUCUAGUUGCUGGAAUAACACCUACACCCCUAGGAGAGGGGAAAAGCACAGUCACAAUUGGUCUCGUUCAGGCACUUACUGCACACCUUAAAAUUAAUUCCUUUGCUUGUCUGAGACAACCUUCUCAAGGACCUACAUUUGGAGUUAAAGGUGGAGCAGCCGGUGGUGGAUACGCUCAAGUGAUCCCCAUGGAGGAGUUCAAUCUUCAUUUGACUGGAGACAUUCAUGCUAUAACUGCUGCAAAUAAUUUGCUGGCUGCUGCUAUUGAUGCUAGGAUCUUGCAUGAAAACACUCAGUCUGAUAAGUCUUUGUAUAAUAGGCUGGUUCCAGUAGUUAAUGGCGUGAGAGGAUUUUCUGCUAUUCAGCUUGCCCGUCUGAGAAAGCUGGGAAUAAACAAGACUGAUCCUGAGACUUUAACAGAAGAGGAGAUCAGCAAAUUUGCACGCCUUGAUAUUGACCCAUCUACCAUAACAUGGCAAAGAGUGGUGGAUACAAAUGACAGAUUCCUUCGCAAAAUAGCAAUUGGACAAGCAAGUACAGAGAAAGGAUUUGUCCGUCAGGGAACACCAGUAUUCGUUCACGCUGGACCUUUUGCUAACAUUGCACAUGGAAAUUCUUCUGUUUUGGCAGAUAAAAUUGCCCUUAAAUUAGUUGGAGAGAAAGGAUUUGUAGUAACUGAAGCUGGCUUUGGUGCUGACAUUGGGAUGGAGAAAUUCUUCAACAUCAAAUGCAGGGUGUCUGGCUUGUUUCCCAGUGUGGUUGUACUUGUUGCUACAGUGAGGGCUUUGAAGAUGCAUGGAGGUGGGCCAAAUGUAACUGCUGGUGCCCCCUUGAAGAAAGAAUACACAGAAGAGAACCUCCAGCUGGUAGCUGAUGGCUGCUGUAAUCUACAGAAACAGAUUCAAAUUACUCAGCUCUUUGGAGUUCCUGUUGUGGUUGCUCUAAAUGUCUUCAAAACUGACUCUCCUGCUGAGGUUGAUCUGGUGUGUAAGAUUGCCAAGCAGUGUGGAGCAUUUGAUGCUGUACCCUGCAAUCACUGGUCAGCUGGUGGUAGAGGAGCAGUAGAAUUAGCUCAAGCUGUGGAAAAGGCGUCCAAUCAGAAGAACAGUUUCAAAUAUCUCUACAGCUUGGAGCUUCCCAUUGUUGAAAAAAUAAGGAUCAUUGCUCAGAAGGUGUAUGGAGCUCAGGAUAUAGAGUUGUCUCCUGUUGCGCAGUCACAAGUUGAUCGUUACACCCGGCAGGGAUUUGGAAAUCUUCCCAUUUGUAUGGCAAAAACUCCCCUAUCCCUCUCCCAUCAGCCUGAGAGGAAGGGUGUUCCCACUGGUUUCAUUUUGCCGAUUACCGAUGUACGAGCCAGUAUUGGAGCUGGAUUCAUCUACCCUUUGGUAGGAACGAUGAGCACCAUGCCAGGACUUCCUACAAGGCCAAGUUUCUAUGACAUCGACCUUGACCCCAUCACAGAGCAAGUGGAAGGAUUGUUUUGAGAGUGAGGUCCAAAUUCAGAAGCCUGAAAAUUAAGAACUGCAACUUUCCUGUUUCCUGCAAGUAGGAGACAAAAGUGAAUCUGAAAUAUUCCUGUUAUGUGUCUCUGGCGGAAUGUCAAGAUAGACCAAAGAGCAAAAGUUUACUCUUUCUUCAAACUAGUUUUUAUGAUGAAAUAUAGCUUUAGGGUUAAAAAAAAAAAAAUCACAAAAAAAGACCAGCAAGCUUAAGUUUUACUCGCUGUCAUGCAGGAAACUCUCUACUGGGGUUUAUGCUUGUUUAGGGAUAAAAUGACAUUGAAAAUGAGCAGUUUUUCAACUUGGAGUUUUCCUCUUUUCUCAGAAGAGUUUACAGAAGUAUUUCCUUUAUCUUGGCUAUCUAAAAACUUGUGUAAACCUGAUUA